AUUCACAAAGUUAUCUUAUCAAUGUUCCCCACCCAUCAAGGUUAUAUAAAUAAGCUAUAGACCUAUAAAUAAUUGGCCACUAAUACCUGUUCAUCCAGUCUUCACCAUGAACACCUUCCUGUCUCUCGUUAUCCUGAGUGUGAGUCUGCCCACCAUGCUGGCGACUCUAGACUACCGCGCGCUGUGGCAGUUCAGGGCUAUGAUCCUCUGUACCAUCCCUGAUAGCUGGCCUGCACUGGAUUAUGCAGACUAUGGCUGCUACUGUGGAAAGGGAGGCUCAGGCACACCGGUGGAUGAACUGGACAGGUGCUGUGAGGUGCAUGAUGGGUGUUAUUCUGAUUCAUGGCAACAUGAAGACUGCUGGGGUAUCCUAGACAACCCCUACUCUGAAGCAAAACAAAUCACAUCUGACAAGAAUCGUCCCUGUGAGAUGUUCAUCUGUGAAUGUGACAGAAAAGCAGCAGAAUGCUUUGCACAAGCGGGUUACAACCCAGAACACGAGCACUAUCCUAACAGUAAUGAUGAGUGUGAUAUGUUCGUCUGCCAGUGUGACAAGACUGCAGUGGAGUGUUUUGCUCAAGCCCCUUAUAACGCUUCCAAUAUUCAUCUGUCCUCGAGUGUUUGCAGCUCAGCGUCCAGAGACAUCAGCAGCUUUCUCACCACUCUUACUGCAUUCAUGGUCACUCUCACACCACUAUAUAGCAACAAAAUACCCCGUAAUAAGUUAAAUUGUGUUAUUUGCUGUCAUUUUGGUCAUUAAAAAAAACAAAA